GGAGCCACCACCAUCGUCGGCGCGCCUUUCGCGUCAAAAAAACUACCCGAAUAACCUCCACGGUCCAUCAUGUUCUCGCCAGAAGCGUCACUGCAGAGCGCGCGUAGCUCCUUGCGCGGCACUCGACGACGCCAGCGCGACUCCAAUGGGCACGACCAGCCUCGAAGGAAGCGCAGUAAGAUUGCGGAAGACGGGGCGUCACAAAUCACCGCUGGUUCUGGCUUGAAGGGCACAAAUGGCAGCGCCAACAUGAAUGGCCAUACUGGCCACGACAGUGCCGAAAACUCUCUUGUGCUGGUAGAUAUGCCUGUCCGUGAGAAGAAAGCGCCUCCUAAACGAACGUUGAAAGAAGAUAGUGCGCAGUACUUGACGAAGAACGCAAAUUACAGCGUCAGGAAACUGCCCAGUUUCCCAUCGGCCCUGACACGCACUCCAUACACAGCUUCUGUGGUUUCGUCCGCCGGACUUGCACUCGCAUUCACGACCGACCGCGCCCUCGUAUGGGACUACAGCAGCGCAACAGGUCCCACGAAAGUCGUUACCCUUCCGCUACCCUUCGGUCUGCGACCGUCUGACCCCCUUCCUCUCGGCGCAAUCGUUCGCAACGGGCCCACAAAUGACUACGGUGUUGUCGCAGUAGCGCCGUCGAGCGGCAGGAUCACCUUCUGGGAGAACAUCGACAAUGCAGAGGCCAGGAGCUUGUAUCCCCAACGGCACCAAGGAGUGGACGGAGCUGUGAAGCUGUAUUCUGGGGAAUUCGUCACUGAUCUGGUCGACAUCGAACACGCAGGGUUCAUCCUGAUCUUCAGCAGUGGAAGACUUGCGCAAUUGACUCUGCGCGAUUCGCAAGGACGACCCAGCGUCAGUACUACUGUCUUGAACGGUCCCAAUGGCUCGGGCAGCAGUCUGUUCAGUCUGCGAGGACUGCUAGGAGGAGCAAUUCGAAAGACCAUUGCAUCAGUCAAGGCGCGCCCAUCCGACACAAAGGGUCAAAUGGAAGUGAUUACAACGACAAGGAACGGGGUGUUCCAGCUAUGGGACUUGAGUUGGUCAGGGCAACAGAUCUUCAAGCACGAGAUCGAUGUCCACGACGAGAUGCUCUCAGCUGUCCAAGCGGGGACAUCGCCUGAACUUCGAACCCAGACUGACGUACAAGUCCUGGACUUCGCGAUCAUGGAACAACCGCGGACGCCCGGAUCCGUCAGUCUUGUGGUACUCGUGGCCCUGUUCGGACGCCAUACACUCGACUACUCACUUUUGGAAGUGGACCUAACGGCUUCAGGAGGCACAAUCAGCAGGACUAUCCCCAUCAAGAGCUUCCACCAGGAGCAUUUGCCCACAGAACCGACAGGAACACUAUUGGUUCCCCAGCCAGGACACACUGCGUUUGUACAAUUUCCUGGGGCUGUUGUCAUCGCAUCUUUAGCUCAGCCAGAGGAGAGUCCAGAGGCGCAGCUUCUUGCGGAUUCUGGAAGAUCCACUCUGCCGUUCCAGGAUGCAGUGUAUUUCCGAGAGGAGCUCAACGUUGUAGUAUCUGGAUUAUCCGCGGCAGCAAGCACCCGGAAGGAGAGAAAGGCCACCGCAUUGAUCUUCGUGCAAGGGUCUGGGAUCCUACAAUUCAGCGCGCACCCACCAGUAACGGAUGACGCGGACACAGAGAGGCUCAAGGUUACAGCUCGAAGCAAGCUGGAGCAAGCUACGUUCUUCAGCUCAAAGCCGGGCAAUGUCCUUGACUUUUCUGUCAGAUCGCGAUUCUCAUUCUCCGAAGAAGAGACCGCACAAGCAGCGCUCGAUGUCAGCUUGGGCAUCAUCAGUUCCUCUUACGACUACCUUGACAAGGUUACAUCGUCCAUGGACGAACAGUUCAAGACCCGCGCUUCUGCUCUGCGGACCCUGAUAUCGAACCUGCGAUCCGACUACCCUACGCUGCCUUUCUUGACCAAGUGGCGUUUGUUGUGGCACGCUGAGAAGCUUGCCGCUGCACACAAGUUGUGGAACUGGUACGAAGCGAAGCUGCAGGACCAGCAAGCGCACCCAGACGCAUACCCAGAGAAGGUCCUCAUGAGCGACAUCAUUAAAGCGAUGCAUGAGCGAUACAAGACACCCAUCAACCCUGAUCUUGGCGAGACAGACCCAGUUCGACAAUACUUCCUUAGGGACAUCGAGUCAAUUGGUGUACUCAUUCCGUGGGGUUGGAAUUUCUUACGUACUUUCUAUAUGAAAGAAGGCGGAAAGGAACAGCCAUCCAUCAUGCAGCGGCUUAGCGAAGGCUCCGAUGUCAUGCUCGUGGCUUUGGAGACAGGAUUCAAAUUUCGACAAGCGAACAUUGAGUUGUACGGUCUUGAUUCCGACUCCCUUGACGAUGGCAUCCUCAAGCCGGGCCAGGGCUACGACGAGCUCCCGCAAUUCUGGACGUCUUCGCACAACAUUGUCAGCUCGGUUCGCAGCCUCGUGGAUGUUGGUCGGAAUUUGGCUGUCGAGAACUACGAGGAGGGCCUCCAAGAGACAUUGUCUCAGAAGAUCGCCAAAGACAACCCUCGCAUGGUUCGGAUCGGCUGCCAGACUCAUAUUGAACGCUUCCAAUGGUGUCUCGAGCAGGCUGAUGAGAAGUCACGAGACGGUGGACGUGUCCUCCAAGAUGAGUGGAAUAACAAGGUUCGACCGGAGCACAUCUGUGGCCUUAUGGAGCUUGGGCUGGCGAACGAAGGCAUGAACUUAGCCGAACAAUACAAAGAUAUGCCGACCCUCGUGGAUUUGGUGUGGGACGAAUCCAAUUGGCUUGAAAAAGAGAAGGCGGUAACUCGAAGCAAGAUGGAGAUAGCAGAGAGUACCGUCAAGCUCAAGAAGAUCAAGGAGCGCAUCAGCCGGUAUUUCGAGACCUACGGAGAUGAUUGGGCCGAAGCAUUCUACUUGAAGCACAUUAAGGAAGGUAAAGCGGCACAAAUGUUUGAGCCGGAGCACCUGAACCAACCGGCACUGAGCAAGUUCUUGCGCGCCGACCCGUCUCGUGCGAGGCUCAGAUGGAUCAACGAAGUGUCCGGCGAGAAAGAUUACGAAGCAGCUGCCGAAGCCCUCUUCGAGACCGCGAGCAAACAGGAGACCAAUGUGUGGUGCAACAAAGUCGAGUUGUCUAUGUGCAAGCUUGCAAUGCUCUGUCAGAAAGAAGAAAAACCUGACCAAGCGCAAUCGAGCAACGGUCACUCUCACGAGCUGUCCAAAGCAGAGAAGAUCCGCGAGAAGAACUACAAGAUCGUGCUGGAUCAGUGGGAGUACGCCACUGUCCAGGAGCUACUCUACGAGCACCUGUUAUCUACUUUCCACAAAGCACUGGAUGAUGAGUUUGCCGUAAAUCUUCUCAUGGAAGAGUAUGGCAAAGGUACUAUCGAAGCACGACCAGCGCACAUGUCCCUUCUCCGGGAAGGAUUCGAGAACCUCAUCCACCACAAGGUCAUCGAUCCUGCGCUGAUGAUCGACAUCCUCACCCUGAUGAACGAUCGAGGCGAGAAAGAACCUACGUCGGUGAUACAAUCUAACGAAUUUACAUUUGCACUCAGGGUCCUUGCCGCCAACUGGCAUAGCAUCCACCGAACAACGCGAGAUGGGCUUCUGAAGCUCAUAUGGAAGCGAUUGUGCAAUAAAGACAACUGGGCUGAGAUCAACAACACCAAGGACAUCUCAGACGCGACACUCGAGGAGUUCUUGAUCUCUACCAACGUGGGCUGGACUUUCAGGGGGCUUAUGAGGCUGAUCGAUAUUGACGAGCACAACCGCGUUGUAUGGCCUAAGCAGCUGGCGGCCUUGAUCGGUGCAGGAGGUACUCAUGGAGAGCUCUGCGUGCGCUUCCCACUGGAAGAUCUCCGCGAGCCGAUCAUCAAGGACAACCUACUCGAUGACGAGAUCUUACAAGAGAACCUCGAGAAGAAUCGACUCGACCAGUGGUUCAAGGCAGCUUGCAGAGCAGGCAAGAACGCCUACAUGGCGGAGAAGAGGGGAUCGCGACAGGGUUCUCCUGCCCACGCAGAGUCUGGCGAGGAGGAGGUGGUUCCUGAGGCUGAAGCUUCAGCCGCCGAGGUUGACGCUGUCAACGGUGUUGACCAGGAUCAGGAUGUAGAGAUGCAGGAAUCAUAGCAAACGGGCGACCACUGAGGUUGUGCAGGAGGGAAUUCAUGUUUCAAUUGGGCGAACUGCAUGGGAAAGCAUUGGGCACGGCGUUUCAAAAAAGAGCACAGCAGCUUGCAACGGCGCUUUCCGUUUGUUCUUAAUUCCUG